GUGUGUGUGUGUUACAUAUUUGCCUGAUGCCAUCAGUGACGGUGGAUUCCUCUAACAGCGGGAACACAUUAUGAGCAGCAGUUAAAACUAAUAUGAGAAAAGGCACUGGGAAAAUGUGUUUUAUCUGAGUUACUAGGCAAAUGUUUUGCCCCAGGUUGAUUUUUUUACAGCCAGCUAGCUGUAGCGAAGAGAAACCCGCUCAUGGACAAAGUAAAAGUGGUCAGAUGGCCGAGUGCAGGAGAGCAGGGUCACAGAGGAGAGUGUUUACACAAAAAACACAACAUGACAACUAGCUUUGGGUUCUUUGUUUUUGUGUGCUGACAACCUGUAGCCAAGAGAGGAGGUGACUGAGUUAAUGUCAGUGAGCUGUAACAGAGCAGGAUGUGAGCAGCUGAAGUUCCUGUGGACAUUAGGAAAGUUUGUCAUGGCUUGGCAAAGCUUUGCUCUACUGUACCUUUGCACAGCUAAUGUUUACAUUGAUUUCUGACACUCUUCCUCCCUUUCUGACUGCUCUGACCUUUCACGUUUGACAAAAGACCUCCUGUUUAAACCUUUACACAAAUGAUCCCUGGCAGCCACUCUCUCUCACACACACUAACACAUUUACACAGGGGGGAGUGAAACCCCAUGGAGAGUACUGUGUUUUCCUUAUCACAGCAGGCAAGGUCAUACUAAGUAAACCCUCAGCUGUUGCGUGUGUGUGUGUGUGUAGCUGAGCGUGACAGCUGCCUGAUCCACUACACUUUUAAUAUUGCAAAGUCUUGACUAAAAGUCUGAGUUAGCCUGCUCUGAUCAGGAGCAACUAUCCUGCAUCCCUGCUUUGAAUAAAGUCAAAUUCUGCUGCCAGGUUUGACUCUCCAUCACACUGUAAACAUCAUGCAUUCCCAGUAUUCUCUAUCUAUAUUGUCACACCUUCCUGAUUAAUAAGCCCUGUCUGUAGCUUAUCAGUAAGUGCAGUAUAUAAACCGAUGUAGGAAAAAGAGAUGUUUUCCCAAAAAGGGUUGGCCUCAGCACUCGGCUCUACAUUAUCCUGCACAAUCUUGCUCAGUUAUUUGCUUUCCAGCAUUGACCGCUGCAGCAGUCUGCUUCAUUAACAGUAAUUACGCUGGCUCUGAAUUGACUGCCUUCAUUACAUUAACUGCUGCUGUAUUGGAUGUUUAGGUCUGCAGUCACAGCAGUGCUCGUAUGUUUCAGUGUGUGUGUGUCGGCCAACACAGAGCAAGAUAGAUGAAAGAACUUAAAACAUUUUAUCUACUGAGUGCAGCAGCAGUCAUUAAUCCACUGACCCGUUGGUCGUUAGACACAGCGAUAUUUUUCGGUCUCCCACUCUUUCUCUUUCUGUGUCGGCUUCAUUAACUCUGAACUGUCUUCUCAAGGGGGAUUAAUAACAAUAACCAGGAAGCGCGUCCAUAUCUGCAGCAGCAGUAUGUGUGUCAGCGGAUCACACAUGCAGACAUGUAUGCCCUCAUAGCUCUGCCGCCUGGCGUCGACAAGGCAGAGUGGCUUGCCAGCAACACUGUGGCAUUUUUCAAGCAUAUAAACCUGUUCUCCAGUGCGCUAUCAGAGUUCUGCACUCCCAGCACAUGCCCAACUGCCUGUGGACCAGGCAACGCGGUUUAUGUUUGGACUGAUGACCAUGGCAGGAAGCUUAAGUGCUCUGCUCCGCUUUACUUUGACUACGCCAUGUCAUACAUUCAGGACCUACUGACUGAUGAAGACGUGUUCCCUACAAAAGCAGGUGCAAAAUUUCCGACAGGCUUCGUGUUUAUGGUCCAGAAGGUGUUUCUGUUGUUGUUCAGGACAAUGGCUCACAUUUAUUGGUCUCACUACACACAGGCCCAGCAGGUGGGUCUGCACCCGCACCUCAACACGCUUUUCAUGCACCUGACGCUCUUCUGCCGGCACCAUGAGCUGCUGGAUCCAGAAGACACUGAGCCACUGCAGGACCUCAUCACAGCUUUGGGACGACAAGGGUGAACUUAAAGGGCAGCCGCAGAUAUUGUACAAUCACAUCAUUGCACGCUUAUUUAUUUCUUAAAGCUGAUUGUCUCUCACCACUCUGGGCCAAAUUUAAACGUAUUCCCCAGUAUAGAUUUUUUAAGAAAGCUCUAUAAGGAGAGCAAUGCAGAGAAACAAUGCUCCUGUUGUUCUGUAGAAUUGGACUGAAGUGUAUGACUAUUGCAUGCUUUGUUUUGUUGUUGUUUUUUUUGCUUUUUUAACAUAAUGGUGCACUAUUUUACUUUGAUAAGGUCAAGAUCUUCAAGGUCACUUAACCAAACAAACCCAGUUUGUGCCAUUUUUGUAUUUUGUGCACCGUGCAAAAAUGCUACAUCUGCAUCUUCAUGUAUUUUAGAGUACUUUGUAAUAAAUAUUUGUGAGCCAUUAUCUGUACAGUGGAACUGAAAAGCAUGCAUACUUUAUUUUGGAGAAAUUAGUGAAUACAAAAAAGUGGGAAGAAUUGGUUAAAGACAGGGAGGGACUUUGUGUUUGAUCCUGAAGUGCGUGCUGGUGCUGUUUUAUUUAGCAUAUUUUCAGGUCUUUGGUUUAUAAUCAGCGCCACCUGCUGCUAGUAAAGGAAUCCAGCACGUAUCACAUUUUCCCUGCACCAUCUGUAAAUGUUUGUUUACAUACCUGAUUUAUGAUUAAACUGACUUAUGAGGGUUAAA